AAAAAAAAGAUAAAUGCCACCAUGUGGCAGCUUAAAACCACUGUUGUGGGAGGAAUCGGUUUGUUGUGAGCACGUUUUGUUGCGCUUGCACAGUAGUGGUCGCUGAGCGAUGUCCAAGGCCCCAGUUCUCCCACCAGGCUGUCCUGUAAGCCUAGGCUACUUUUCUAAAACUCUAGAGGGGCAGCUUCUGAGGCAUGCUGUGGAGGACAACAUCAAAGAAGCCAAGAUGCUGCUGAAGAGAGGUAUAGAUGUGGACUGUCACAAUGCAGCUGGACAAACGGGGCUGUAUCUUGCUGCCUUGUUGGGAUAUGACUCUGGGGUUGAUCUCUUCUUGCGUUUCAGUGCCAAUCCCAACCACCGUUGUUAUGAUGGUAGCACCCCAGUCCAUGCAGCUGCCUUCUCUGGCCACCAAAGACUUCUUGAAAAUAUUCUGCAAGCUGGAGGUGAUUUAAGAUUCCAUGAUGAAAGAGGCCAGACUCCUAAAGAUUGGGCUGAGCUAGCUGGAAGUGAGCAGAACACUGAGGUCAUGGACUUCAUACACCAGUGCUAUAGCCAUAUGGUUAUGCGGGUGCACUACCAAUCGUUCUGCUCAAACGUUUCAGGAGUGUCUCCACAGAGCCUGCAUUCUUCUUCUGGAUCACAUUUGCCUUCCUCUUUCUGGUCUCGGGACAGCCCCAGGAUGCAAGGAAGCACAGGGGAGCCAGCUAUUGGAUAUGGACCACCCUGCCUAAGUAAGCACCAGCAGGCUGUGACUGCUACCUUCACAUUCAUCGCACACCAACAUGAGCUCAUGAGAAGCAGUAGAGAAACAGGCUGGAGUUACUCAAAUGGACCAUACACCCUCAUGAAAAACUUGCUGUGGAAUGGGCAGUUUGUCACUGUGCGGAGCUUAAAGCCAGAACUGCACGCCUGUUCCAGUAAAAUGCAUGGCACCACGGACUUGCUCUUAGCAGAACUGGAAUACUGCAGCCAGCUCCAGCACCCCAACCUUUUGCUUCUCUUGGCUGUGAGCCCCACCUUGGAUUUACAAGAACUCCAUCUUGUCUAUGAGAGAGUAGAGUUGUGCUCCCUAUACUAUGCCUUGCACUGUGAGAAUGCUGGCUCUCUAGCACUCUGCGCAGCUCUGUGCCUGCUGCUGCAGAUCUGCGAAGCCCUCCUGUUUCUGCACUCUCGUGGUUAUAUCCACCGGGUCAUUACUUCCCAUGCAGUGCAGCUGGUGAGGCCUGGACUUGCCAAGCUCAGCAACCUAGAACACAUGCAGCAGAGGAUACAGGAAGUCAGCACAAACUGGCCAAUCCCACCACCCCCACCUCUCUACAACUGGCUACCCUUGGAAGUCAUUAAGCAGCGCCCAGCCUCUGUGAACUCUGACCUCUACAGCUUCUGCGCUGUUAUCCAGGAGAUCUUCACAGGUGAAGUCCCCUGGCAUGGACUGGAUGGCCUUGUUGUGAAAGAGAAGAUGGAGGCAGGACAAGCUCUGCUGACUGAUGGCCAAGUCCCACAGCCUUUUUAUGAGAUGGUCAAGGGUGGCCUGGCUUUGAAGGAACAGGACCGGAUGGGAGCUCUCCUUGACAUCCGCUAUGUUUUGCGGACAGCUCAACAGGAUGCUGCAGGGAAGCCUCCCCUACUUUCAUCAGCAGGAGCCUCUCCCAAGAAGUUCUGUGUAUGGGCAGGACAAAGUAAGACAGGUGGAGCAUCCUUCUCAGCCGUUCCUGAAGAGCCAGUCUUUCUUGAAGUGGGCUCCAGUGGCAGAAGUGCAGGACAAAGCUCACAGCCUGAGAGCAAGGCAUCAGCGCAGGCUCAAGCAACAGAAGACCAAGUCUCAGUGAAGGAAGGUAACCAGCAGGCCAGUGCCCGCUACCCAUCCUCUUUUGGGCAGCACAAGCAGUCAGAUUGCGACACUACAUCAGACUCCGAGAGCAGCAGUGACGAGUCCGACAGGAGUCUAGGUUCUGCAGAUGUGGUAGAGACCGAUGCCAUCCAGGAGGCUGCGUUUAUGAAUAGUCUACAGGAUUCAGCCUGCCUCUUGGAAAAGGCCCAGGCCUCGCUGGAAACUCUCGAGCAACGCUUUGAAUCUGGCAUCCACAUUUUAGAGACGAUUGUCAGCCAGCCAAGCAAGACACACCGAGGCAGUCGCAGUGACAGAGGCCUGCAGGCCGCAGGGGAACAGUGUAAGGAUUACACCCAAAAUGAAUCUCUGCAAACAUUCAUUGAUUUAUCAGCCCAGGCCAGGAAGAAAAAACAGCAAAACCCUGUCUCCUCGGGCAUUUGCCAUAGGUGGAAGAGCACAGCAGAAGGCCCAUCUUCUAGCUCACAGAAGUUUGACUUACUGCAGGAGAUAAUGGUUGAAAUCCAGGAAUCAGGCGAUUCCUGCACUGUGAGCCGGAGGUUACCAGCAAGGAGUAACAAUCCUGGCGUCCCAGAGGAAAUUAAAGCAGCUGUAGAGCAAAGGAUGGCUGCUCAUUUGAAGGACCAGUGAGAGACAAUGCAUUAUAGUUGUCUGCUUAAACGUUAUAUUAUUGUUAUCAGUUAUAUUGUAUUUUAUGUUUGGGAGGAUGAUGCAGAGGCUAUGCAGUAGUCAGGUGGCUCUUUUGCUUACUGGUAGUUGUGAGUUUGAGCUUACUGCAUGAGCUGCAGAGUACCACAGAUGUGCACUGUAAAAUGUGUACAGGAGCAGUAAAAUAAUACAUUUUCAUUGCUUGGUU